AUGAUGCCGCGGUCCGACGGGGAGGCGGCGGACGGUAGCGGAACCGUCGGCAGCACACACUCCAGUGGCCAUCAGAACAGAGUAUGUGUCGCACCGCAGAACCCUGCCCGAUCCUUGACCAUAAUGUCAAGCAGCACCAAUGUAUUCAGCCUUGUCGCCGCCACCCCGGAUGUAAAUAUCAGCGACUACCAACCGCUGCAAGCCCCACGAACCACGACGGUGCACCAUGUGACGAUGAGCAACGGCAGUGGUCCGCCGCUGCAGCGGACCUCUGCGUCGGAAUUUUCGAGUCUCGCCGGUAUUCGAAGCCUGCGCAGUGGCGCCAACACCUCGGCCGCCUCCGAAGACCAGCCGCUGCCCAUGCUGACAAUGCUACCCUUCUCUUCUGCCUCGAGCGUUACCAAGUCAGCCGGCAGUACUGGCGUUGGUGUGGAGAGCGGCACUGGUGGGUCUGGUGCCGCCACCACGGGCGCAGCAGCGACGACCGCAAGCAUUGGCCCGGGCACCUCGUCCGCUGGUCGCUCUAUGACACUAUUGGAGCGUCGAAACAAUCGCGAGCGCAGCGCUCUGAGCCUCUCAUGUUUGUCAGGGCUGAAUGUAGAGAAGCUUCAGGAAAGCAUGCGGGAAGCUAGUCUCGUCCUCAAUUCUCAAGAAACACCGGAGCCUGUGUUGCAGGGAUGGUCCAAGACUGUCGCCUCGGCGGCACUACUGAGUGAUUACGCCAUGCCAUCUGUAUGCGCAUCGCCGCCGGGCGCGCGAGACGUGCCUCACUCCACGGCUGCGCACUCGGCGCGGCAGGCCACUGCCAAGUUUCAGGGUCAGGCACCACGACCCCCCAGCAGUAGCGAAGACAGCAGCGGCCCCCGCCGCAGUCAUCCCAUUUCCACCUCGGAAUCCAGAACGAUCGAUGCGAUACCUGGAGCGCUAAAGGUAAUCAGCUACAACAUCCUGGCGAGCCGGCUAGCCUCCACUGACUUGUACCCCGCCUGCCCACCGUCAGUGCUGAGUGAAGAGUAUCGACUGGACCUCAUCAAGGAGGAGCUCCGACGCGUUGACCCCGACAUAUUGCUCUUGGAGGAGAUCAGCGUGGCGGCGCACGAGCGCACGCUCGGGCCUUACUUGAGAACGGCGCUCGGGAUGGAGGGGCAUCACGUUGUCAUCACUGAUCGCAACGGAGCUCCUCGCUGCGCACCGCUGACGCAACAGUCCAAGGCGGCAGCCGCGUUCUCUCCUGGUCUUGCUGCCCCUUUUGGAAUCCCCUGCAGCGCUGAGAAGAGGCCGAACUCGGUGAGCAUGACGGCUACAUUAGCCGGAGCGGCUGCGUGCAAUAGCGACGCUUCCGCUCGGCGUGGCGCGGCCGGUGGUGCCGCGAACAGCCCCGGCGACGGCGACAGGAGGAGCAACUCGCCCCAUCUGCCGCAGCUCGCCGAAACGAGCUGGAGCCGCCGCUCCAGUCGGCGCAGCAGCGUCGUGGCUGCGUCUCGAUUUCCUGUGAGCUCGUGCGGCACCCCGGCCAUUUCGCAGAAACGUGGCGAGGCGUUGCCCUUCCAGCACCCGCAGCCGUUCAGCAUGCCGCCACAGGAGAUGUCGUGCUCCUUGCUCGAGGACCCGCAAGUCCAGCCCAAAGCGAUGACGGAUGAGGAGUCGAUGCAGCGAAGUUGCAGCGCAGUGGAGUUCACCCAAGGUGCCGCAGCGCGGGUGAAGCGGCAGACGAUGGGGUCUGGAGCGCCUCCAGCAGUACUUCGCGCAGAGAAGGCCACUGAGGAGGCCCUCGGCCACCGGCGAGUGGAGAUGGACGGAGUGAGCAUCUUUUACAAGGCGGCACGGUUCCGCGAGCUAGAGGUGAUGCCGGUGCUCUUUAACCGUCUCGCCGCCGCGGAGAAGCGACUCACCCGCUACGAGCACAAGAAGCUUCAGGUGGACUCGCACAAUGUGGCCCUCGUCGUGGUGCUGCAGGAUACGCAGGUGAUCGGGGUAUCUCGCAUAUACGUGGUGGCUGCUGUGCAUCUCAUCUGGCAGCGCGUCAACGCGCAGCUGUGGCAGGCGCAUCAGCUCCUCCGCGUCAUGGAGGGACUGAAACACAAGUACUGCAAGGGCUACGUGGACCUCGUCUACCCAAGUGGGCGUGGCUCCAUCGCGUGCGACAGCGCAGUCACCCUGCCGCCGAGCAUCAUCGACACCCCGCUGAUGCGAGAGGGAACGCGGCGGCACGUGCAGGACGAUGUCGCACCUCAACCAUUGCUACCAACGCCGCUACCGCUGCAGCAGCCGCGCGCGCUGUCUGCGCGGUGCCAAAGCAUAGUACCCAGCCGCACCACUACUGAAGCCUCCGAUCCGGCUGGAGACAGCGACGGUAGCAGGCUCUUCAACGCCGCCGCCACCGAUCGCAUGCGCUGUAGGUACGCGAGUGUGUGCUCUGGCGUUGCCUCGUCGCCCACAUCGUCCGUCACGUGCAUUAUCGGCGGUGACUUUAAUGCCGAGCGCAGCGGGCCGGUCAUGGAGUACUUGCUCACCGGCAGGGUGCCAGGGGGGGCGGAGGUGAUGGAGUACUGGCGAGCAUCCAAGUCGGAGUCGCCGGUGCCGCUCGACCGCACGGAUGAGCGAGGCACCGGUCGGGCGACCGCCAGGGAUGAGGUGAAUGCGCUGCGCCCCACGCCUCCGUCCCCGUCAAAGGUGCCGCCACCGACACUGUGUGGUGUGCUGAGCCCCGCGAGGCAGAUGAUGAUCAGGAUCUCCCCGCACAACUCUAUGCACUCCUCCUUAUCUUCUAUAGACUCGCCACCGUCGGUGCUGCCGCGUCGCGCGACGAAGUCUCCGCCCCGCAACUCCGUGAGCGAUGCUGCUAGUGCUGCAGCGACCGUUAUCGGGACAAGUGACGGCCUCUGCCCCCAUCAGCCAUACACCCCGCUCAGCAAGCGGCCAUUCGAUCUCUACCCUACCCGCGUCUCGGACGGAGUGCUGUCCCCGCACAAUAGGGCAGACAAUCCACUGCAGUGCCGGCGAGACUUGGCGAAGGGUACCACCGUCGCCGCUCCGACGUCCCCGCGAAGGUCUGCCUCCACACCGAGUCCGCAGCCCGCUGAGGAUGGCCUCCGCUACAACCCCGGAAGCACCUUCCCAACUCUCUUGUCGACCUCGAGUAGCCUCAUCGACACGCCGAGCUGUGGCUGUGAUGAUGGCCGUGGCGGCGGCAGCAACCUUGCAGCGGUGGCCGCGUCGUCAUCGCAGCAUGCGCUGUGUUCUGCGUCGGCGAGCCCCGCUCGCUGUUGCAGUUCGGAUGCUCAGCUGCCACUUCUGCGACCCUCGAUGUCGGUGAACAGGGCUUUCACUGUGCAUGCCGCCUCCCCAGCCUCUGCACCACAGACCUCGCCGUCGCCUACGCGGCGGAACGGAGGCUCCGCCACCAUCCCCGAGAACCACCGCGCGUACACGCGACGGCGCACCUUACCAGACAUGAGCAAUAUCGAGAGUAAUGCGCUGGAACACUCCCGUAGCCGCAGUGGCAGCGAGAGCGGAAGCGUGCUGAGCACUGCGUUUCCCACGAGCUGCGCAAUGCGACUCGCCGUGCACACUCGCCACGACACGCUCAGUGUCGAGUUGGGCGAGCCUGACUGGGAAAAUGAGGAAAGCCGCGGACGGAGCCCCAUGCUGGAGGAUGCAACCGACGGUGCAUCGUCGGCGCAGCCGAGCCCCUCUCACGAUCACCACGAGGGAGUGGGUGGUGCAGGCGGGGUCGUAGAGAAAGGAGAAGUGAACGCAAAGCGGCGGCAUCGCAUUCAAGCGCUGAAAAACUUCGCAGGUGCGGACGGCGGCGGCAGCGGUAGCAACGCCUCAGCGAGCUCGAACCAUGGAUCGGCGAUGGGUGAUCACCGGCUAUCCAUGUACGGCGACCCGGUGACGCCGGCGUCCCCGCGCGCACGUCGGAAGCGGCGGCCCGCCGUCGCUGCAUCCAGGGACGGGGCGCCAACCCCUGCUUCGCCUCAAGCCACGCGCCAUUUCUCCUCCCAGGCGGCUCCGCAGUCGUCGUCAGCGGCGGACUACGACUUCGCGUGCUCGACGGUGUCUACGUCACCACCGGUGUCUCUCUUAUGCCUGCCCACGCUCAUCGCCAACAGCGCCUACACCCCGUCCAGCCCGCCGGUGGUUCUCAUUGACGACGUCGUGCACAAGAUCCGCUUGAGUGACGCCUAUGCCCCGUACUGCUACCGCCAUCCUUCCUACGUGUCGGCGGUGAACCCGUCCACCAACAUGGAGGGCAAAGUGCUCGACCACAUACUAUACGAGGAUGAGCACGUCGUGUGCGGCGGGGUGCUGCGGCUCGGAGAGCGACAGGAGCUUCCGAAUGCGCGGGUGCCGAGUGAUCACUAUAUGACCGGGAGCGUCCUGAUCCCGAUCCAGGAAUUGCACCGGGCUUGA